UCAAAGAAACUGCGGCAGUAAGGAGACAGAACUUUGCAAGGUGAGUCUAACAUGGCAGGAUGGGAAGGGAGAAGUAGUUGUGGGGGGAGGGGAUAGGGUGAAUAUUGCAGUGCCUCUAUGGUCAUUCGUAAGGGGGGGCUACUGCCAUGAUGCUGCAACAUUUGUAAUUUUGGGAGUUUGUCAUAAACUCCCAAACUUGGGGGUAUUAUCACGUAACUUCAAAAGGUCACUAAGUGAACUGUCAUAACUCAAGGAUUAUCUGUAUUGGAUAAUAUCAGUAAUAGAAUUGAACUCAAAUACAUCACUUUUUUCAUCCAUAAACACAUUUCCACAUUCUAGUGGAAAUAAAGGAAAUACAUUUUUGCUCAAGAGAUUUUUCCCAUCCUUCCAGAUCAGAAUGUUGUAGGGCUUAAGCAGCUACUGAGGAAGAGGCAAGACCAGUAAGAAAAGAUUAUUGUAAAUAAUAAAUAAAUAAAAUUACAGUUUCAUGACUAAGGAUUAAUAGAUUUAGUAUUUUUUCUGAGAAGGCCUUAGAUUCAACUGGAGAAGACAGCUGCAUUCCAGGGCUGGCAGGCAGAAUAGUGGCAUAUGGGGAGCUAUUUAAGAAUUCUCUUCAUAUCCUCAGACUCUACAGAUUGAAUAGUAAUAGAGAUUUGGUCAAUUAAAUCCACAGUUUAAUUUACUGGAUCUAUAUAAACAAUGGCAAUUGAUACAAAUAAGCAAAUUGAUCAGCCAAAAAAAUAAGUUUAAUAAAUGUCUAUUUUUUUAAAAAAAUUAGAAAAUGUUUAUGCUUCGAACUUAAUUAACAUCUCUGGGUGACUUAGAAAAAUAGAGUAAAAUAAAGCUUCAUAAAAAAACAAGAAAAAUUUAAAAGAGUUAAUAUUAAGUAUUAAAUAUUUUCUCAUCUCCCUGAUCUUAAUGCAUGCUUCUCGGUCUAUUGUUGCUGCACUUUCUCCAAGGUCAUUAUGAUGACUCCCUAUAGUGAGAUAUCUAAUAUCCUAGAAGAGGGAAAGAACAUUCAAAACUAUCUUGGUAUGAUGCAGAACUGCACUGAAAAUAACAAAAUAAAAAUUAAUAGAGAAGUCACUUACUUAGGGAACAGAAAUUAAAUGUAUGGAUAUAGAAGAUGGAGGUGGGGAUAUGUGGUUGGUAAUGACACUUGAGAAAAAAUUCUCAGAAUAGCAAUUGAUUGCAAACUGAAUAUGAGCCAUCAGCAUAAUAUGACUGCCAGAAAGGCAAAUGAAGUUUUGGACUGCAUCAACAUAAUAAUUUACAAAUCACAGGAAGUAAUUGUUGGUCAUGCCCCAUUUCAAUUACUAUAUCCAGUUUUGGAGGCCCUGCUACAAGAAGAAUUCAGAGAAAUUGGAACAGCCACAGAGAUUAUUCAAGGAUGAAUCCACAACAAGGAUGAUCAGCAGAUUAGAAAAUUAUCACCGAAAAGAGAAUGAAUGAUCUAGUUACGUUUAGCCUUUUAAAAAGUCAGCUGAGAGGAAAUACAAUAGCACUUUUCAAGAAUUGAAAAUUCCAGAAUUGCUGGAAUAAUUAACUUAACCAAUUUGGAUUGCAUUUUUUAUUAGAUUUGAUCCUGGAUCUAAUGUCUCUCUAUUGUCUAAGUACCGUAUUUUUCACUCCAUAAGAAAAAAAAGACACACUUUUUUUGCCCCCAAAAGUGGUUGGAAAUGUCUAUUCGUCUUAUGGAGAAAAUAUUGCAUCACAGACUGGGCCACAAUGGUUUGCUACACCUGGGGGGAGUGGGUUGGUGCGGCAGCAGUGACAGGCAGCAGUGGUGAACGACAGCAGCAGCUCUGCAGUUGGAUCAGCCUCCCAGAAUACCGCCAAUCAAUUUUGUAGCAAAACUACAAAAAAAAAGAUUUAAAGAAGUGAAAACUCACCUUGCUGUAAUUCCUGGGGGUUUUACCAGCCAGUUGCUACUCUUGACGUUUCCAUCAACAAACCAUUUAAAGUCUUUAUGCGAGAAGAGUGGAACAAAUGGAUGGCUGCUGGUAAUCAUGACCUGACACCUACUGGCCGAAUGAAGAGGCCCACUAUCACUCAAGUUUGUGAAUGGGUUAAAACAUCAUGGCACUCAGUGAAGGAGGUCAUUCAAAAAAUGUGGCAUUAGGAAUGCCUUAGAUGAAACUGAAGAUAGUAUCAUAUAUGAAGCUAGCAAAGAAACUGAUAUCAGUGAUUGGGAGCAACUGAGCUUCAUAAAUUCUGAAACUAGCGAUGAUGAGUUCUUGGGGUUUCCAGAAAAGUAGAAGACUGCUUGAACCUUAAUGACAGUGAUGAUGGUUUUUAAUACUGCUGUUCACUUUACAUGGCUGAUAUAUUAUUCUGCUAUAUUUUAUUAAAUAUAUUAGUACACCAUUUGAUUGAGAAUAUUUUUUUUCUUGUUUUCCUCCUCUAAACCUAGGUGCAUUUUAUGGUCAGGUGUGUCUUAUAGUGCGAAAAAUAUGGUACAUCCCUAACCAGAACGUUUAUGUUUCCUGAAUCCUAAAAUCCUAUUCCUGGAAUUCCUAUUUUGCCCAUAUUUAGCUUUAGAUUGUUCUUCCACAUCUAGUACCGUUUCCAAUUCUUUACUGCUUGGACCAUUUAGAAAUACUGAAUUUACCCAACUCCAAAUUACAGGAAAGGAUUCUGAUCAACAUAUUGGUAACAUGUUUCUGAUCUGUGAAUGAGCCUUCAUAUAGAUAUAAAAUAACACAAAGAAAAGGGAAGAAAAGCCUUGCUAGACUCCUUGGGAAAACUCCUAGGAGAUUUAGAUGAUGUGUCUCAAUACCUUUAAUAAUGGUGGAAAAGUGGAGUGGAAAUAUUUUAAAGUGGUUCCUAUUAACCAAAUCUUCUGAUAAAACAACAUGGUAAAUUAUAUUAAACAUGGUAGAUAGUUAGACCAUUAAGAUACCAUGGUCAACAGUACCAUACAUACAGGAAUAUCAGGAAGAUUUUAUUUCUCUUGUCUUCUUUCUCUUGGUAAUAAGCAUCUGUUAGAACAGCCACAGCCAUUUUUGUUCUAUAUCCAGAUGGAAAAAGCAUCAAGAGCAUUUGGAAAGGCAACCAUUAUGUUCAGUUUCAAUGAAAAUGAAUUAUUGGCAUCGGGCAUUUGUUAAAAUUGUCUAACCAAAGAUGAUUUCUUAAGCAAGCACCUCCUUUCAGAAGAUGGAACUCUUUAUAUAUGAAAUAAUUCAUUGAGUGAUAAUUGACUGGAUCAGGCCAAUUAGAGGACCUUUUUUGUCUUAUUGUAGCACAACACUUCCUCUUCAAAAAGAACUUUGAGAAAUCAAAUGUCUUAUCUACUCAGCAACAUUUUGUUAGGACUACUUCAUAUUCAAAAACAGCACCAGUGAGAUCAGUACAACUAACAUUGUAGAACUUUAAGCAAUUAACUUCUGAAGUUAUUUGGUUCUUUUGCUCCGGAGGAAACGCAUUAGAGGCAGCUUUGAUAGUUUUCCUUUAUAGUUACGUUGGCAUGCUUUUCUUAGUGGAAAAUUAUGCCUCCUUCUGAAGCAAUAUAAUUCUUUUCUGGAUGCCUUGGGAAUGCUUUUUGCUGUGUCCCCAUAAAGUGAACACUUAUUUAUUUUUACUUCAUUCUCCCUUGCUGUGAAAAAACAAAUGCAGCAAGUAAAGUAUAAGGAAAAAUGGAAAACCUCUAUGGUUUAUAAUGCUGUCAUAUUGGCUAAAUAGAAGGUGUGCUGCCUGGCUCAAGGGAAGAAAAAGCAAAAACAGACUUUUACAAAAAAAAAUCUGGUGGCAGUGAAGCAAAGCCAAGGGUAUGUGGCCACAGAUUAGCAAUUGAUUCUUUUAUAACUAUAAUUUUUGCUACCUAUGACCAUUUCUUCUAUGUGCAUUCACACAUUCUGCAUGGACCAUAAUAUUUGUUUUAGUAGUAGUUUGAUUUGGGGGAAGGGAGGCUUUCUAAGUUUUAAUACAGUAAAACAUUUCUUUCUCUGCUUAAUAAGCAAUUGCUUUCACCAUUUGCAAACACCUCACAUAUUUAAUUGCUGUUAUAUUUAGAUUUGCUUCAACCUAUUCAGUAGUUGGAGAAGAAAAAUAUAUCAAGUUUAGUUUUAAGUUAGAGAUUUUUUUUCCAUCUGCAUUUCAGAACUGUAGAUAAAAUGACUUCCUGUCUCUCAGUUUCCUGUAUCCAUGGUAACUUGAUUUCAGCCAGUCAUUGUAGAGGAACCGAUGGGAAGAGUAGUAUUUCCUGUAGGAACAAUUGCAGAACUGGUAGGCAAAGAGAGAAAUUUAAACAGAAGGAAAACAUUUAACUGACAAAAUGAGCUUCAUAUUCUGGCGCAGUCAAAGGUGACUUGGAGAGUCAAAGCCGAGAUAUGUAUCAACUGCAUCACUUUGAGUCAUUUCGGCAUAUUUUUAAUUGUCUUCUGCUGAUGAUGAUCCAAAAGGAUAUAUUUUGUUGUCCAUCAGUUUGCCAGCAGUGUAUAGGCAGACAAGUUGACUGUCGUAAUUCAAGUCUUUCUUUUAUUCCAAACAAUUUUUCACAGAAUACUUUAUUUCUGUACUUAAGUGGCAACAAUAUAUCACAUAUAAAUCCCAAUGCACUGAUAAGCCUCCAGCAGCUUGUUGUACUACACUUGGACAAUUCUGGCAUUGUAUACGUAUAUCCAAAUAUAUUUGCUGAAUUGAAAAAAUUAUGGUACCUACAGCUGAAUAAUAAUCAUAUAAAAUAUUUGUAUCCUGGAACAUUUGAAGGACUUUCAAAUCUUCAUUCUUUAUAUCUUCAGAAUAAUGAAAUUGACUUUGUUUCCGAAGGAUUAUUUGGUAAUCUCACUUCCGUUCAUUAUCUAAUGCUGCAAAACAAUCAACUCAGAAUCCUUGGUAGCCGCAUUUUCUUUGGCAUGAUUAAUCUUCGAAUUCUGAACUUAGCAAACAAUAAGAUUUCACAAAUAUCAGACAGAGCAUUCCAGCACCUUUAUAAUCUUACAGGCUUGCACCUCGAAGGAAAUAAUUUAACAUGCGUGCCAUCCACAGCAUUUCUACUACUGAGGAAACUUCAAAAACUUUCAUUGUCACGAAACCCUGUUGGGUCAAUUCCUCCUUUUGCAUUUAAAGGACUUAGCAAGCUUGAAUAUCUAUUUUUAAAAAGUGCAAAAAUAAACACUAUUAAUCCAAAUGGAUUUUCAGGGCUAGUCAAUCUUAAAAAGCUAGUUUUGAGUAAUAAUAAUUUAGUAAACAUCAAUUCCCAUACUUUUUCAUUGUUGGAUCAUUUGAAGUUUUUGCAUCUUGACAGAAACAAAAUAAUUGAUAUUUCAGGUAAUAGUUUUGAAGGAAUAGGAUCGUCUUUGAAAAUACUUGAUCUAUCUUUCAAUAAUCUUACAUUUUUACAGCCUAUGGUAUUCAAGCCUUUGAUUUCUUUAACUCGCUUAUUGGCAAAUUACAAUCCUUGGGAUUGUAGCUGCAAAUUAUAUAGAUUGAUGAAUUGGCUAGCUGCUACUUCUAUCUCCGUGAAACUCCUUUGCCAAAGUCCUUCCAGUCUGCAUGGAAGAUAUAUGAAUUAUGCUAGCUUGCAUUUGUUCAAAAAUUGUUUCAACAAUACAAGCCUUGAAAUUUUCAAGAACAGUAAAUCUGCAGGAAUCCAGCAGAGCUUUACUACUUCAUUACUGGCACAGAAUAUGUACCUCACAAGGAAUACAGUUAAAGAACAGUUGAACUUUAAUGCAAAUUCAGUUACAUCAUUGGUAAGAGCAUCUUAUACAUCUGCUUAUCAAAAUCUCAAUGAAGAAAAUUCUAGUAGAAAGUCAAAACAAGAACAAAUAGCAACAGAGAAGAUACCUGCUAAUUUGACGAUGAAAGAAAAUAAAGUACUAUCUCCGGAAGCUGUUUCUGUAUCAUUUAAAACACCACUAAUUUGUUCACAGCAGGUAGAGAAACUAAAGCAGGCUUUUGACAUUUUAUUAACCUUUUUCAUUUUGGCCUGUGCUAUGAUCAUCUUUUUGUUCUACAAAAUCAUUAAAUUGAAACAGAAAUACAAUAUGCAAAAGAACUCUGACAAUGCAAUAGAAUAUUAUGGCUUUUAUCAGGCUGGUACUUACAAUGUUACUGUAUCUCAGAACCCCCUGGGAAGUUCUGAAUUGGAUCCUGUUGAACUUUCUAAAUCAACGGCCCUUGAAAACCAAGCACAGGUUAUCUUAUUUGAACAUUCAGCACUGUAAUACGUUCAUCACAAUUUUUAUUUUCAUGUGUAUAGAUGUAGACUUUUGUAAAUGCAAGUUUAACUACUGAUGUUAGGCUGGAAGGUUGAAAUGCAGCUAAUAUUUUUUCAACCUUUACAUUUUGUUCUUUUCAUAUCUGCAUUUUAUUGAUUGUAACUAUAUUUUAUCUAUAAUUACUCAAUUUUAAUUGAUCUCUGUAGCAAUUAUUAAUUAUUAAUGUUAUUUUCUGUUUAGCAUUCUGUAUAAAUUUGAUAUUAGAUGUUAUGUUAAAAAUAACAGGUUUUUUUAACUGUUCAUUACUAUUGAUAAAUUCCUAGAAAUAAUUUCUGUUGUUUCAUGUUACCAGCUAUUUUGAACAUCAUCAUAAAGCUCUGCAAUAUUUGUUGGAUAAGACAGCUUUUAUUAUGAAAUUAUUGCGUAAAAAAUUACAUUAUCUGGAAUAAUAAAACAGUAUUUACAAGAAUAUUUAUUCUGGUUUCAAUCCUCAUUUCCCUCUGAUAGAAGUUCCAAUAGAAGCACUUUGCAUUUUGGAGAUUUUUGGUUGUUUUUUUUAAAAUAGACAUAGCACUUCUGCUAGAAAAGGCAGCAGCAGAUUUUAUCAACUUCCUCCCAUAUAAUUUUUGUUGCCCUUUGAAAAAUUUGGUGGAGGUUAUGUGGGCUCCUUGGUGCUCUCUGAGCUUGGUUGUUUUCUUGCAGACAUUUUAUUACUCAAUUAAGUAACAACUUCAGUUCUGAAAGGGAAGUUUGUUAUCUGUUUGUAUACAAGUGACUUGCCCUAUCAGUGUGGUGUAGGAGCGUACAGUAGUGUAUGGUAUCAAAACUGUAGAAAGCAGGAGGAAUAAGAGAAAAGAGAUUUAGUUUGAAUUUCAGUUUCUUUCAAAGCAUAUGCUUCUUCGAUUCAAAAAAAAAAAAUCUAGAUGAUGUACAUGGGGUAAUUAUAAUGUUCCAGGAACUCUACUUUAAAAACAAAUACAGCAAUGUGUAUACAUCUACUAAUGGUGCAAAGCAAGCGUCGUUUUUAUAUACUAGAGUGCCUUAUGGCCCUACAUAAUUCUAGUUGUGAAUUUUUAGAAAAUAAAAAUGAUCCAUGUUGCAUUUCAUUGAUUUAAAAGUGUGCUCCUAUUAUUCCAACAAGAAAAAAAUUAAGGUAAAUUGGAGAGAUAAAGAAUAUCCAGGAUUCAUAGAGAGAUGGUGAAUAACUGCCUAAUUCUGGUAAAUGUCUGUUUCUGAGUUACACUGAUUUGAAUUUUAAUAUUCCUGAGUAUUGUCAAGUUCUGCUGUCAAAAUGGAAUAUAUAUUUGAGGCUUGGGAAGUCCUUAGCUUUAUGGAUUACGUAGGAAAGAGUUGAGCAGGGACCCAUCUCGCUGGUUAAACAAAAAACAUGUUAUUAAACAUACAUAUGCUGAUGUGACUGGAUUGUCAAGAUAGAUUGUACUACACUUGUGUAACAAGGAAAUAAUUGCAGCCUAACUUUGUUAUACUUGGAUUGUAGUCUAUUUAACUAGCAUGUGCGCUCGCUCUAUCUCUGAAUUGCAACUGUUUUCCAUGUAGAAACUAUAUAAUACUGGUUGUUACACAAUAUUCUGAAACCAGGAUAUUCUUAGUUUUGGGAUAAACGUGAGUGAUCAGCUAAGCAUUAAACAAAGAAAAGAAAACUGAAAAGAUUUAGUAAACGUAAUGCUUAACCUAUUUUCUAUUUAACUAAACAAUUAAAUAAUUUCCAUGUCUU